AUGUCAGACAACAUUAUGGCAAGGGAGUCCGAAUUGCGUCAACGUCCUGUGUGUAAAGACGAACAUUCGGAAGUCCCGGAGGAAAAUAAAAUCGCGGAUAUGUUCCAAGUACCGUAUACCACUGAUAUGUUAACCGCUGUUUUUCAACCAAGCGUACGAAAAUCCACGUUUGACUAUCUAACGAUAUUCGUGAUGGCAUUACAAAUCUUGUUAUUUUUUGUUUUGCCGUCGCACAUUCGACCGUGGAUCUUUUUAUUUUUGUUCGUUUUUUGGCGUGGAGCUUAUAACCUCGGAUUGGGAUUAUUAUUGAAAUAUCAGAGUGAACGACGCAUGCUUGUGAUUUGGGCGAAACGCAAAAAGGUUUUUGAUAAAGAGAAAGGUGGAAAUGUGUACACAUUCUUGAAACGAGAAUUGAGUGCGAAAAUGGGCAACGAUUAUGAUUUUGAUGCAGUUCCUAUUGAAUUUAACAGUUGGCUUCUUUUCCGGGAGCUAGUUGAUCUGAUUCUAUUGAAUGAUUUCGCCUCGUACAUGUGUUUUGCUAUGGCAAAUUUCAGUAUUCCGGAAAAUUCUGGUUUCAUUCUUAACGUGUCACGAUGGGCUGGUGGAUUAUUCUUGUUCUGGUUCAAUAUUUGGGUUAAAGCUGAUGCUCAUCGAGUUGUCAAGGAUUUUGCUUGGUAUUGGGGCGACUUUUUCUUUCUCGUCGAUCAAUCCCUGACGUUUGAUGGUGUGUUUGAAAUGGCGCCUCAUCCUAUGUAUUCUGUCGGUUAUGUGGGCUACUAUGGAAUCUCGUUGAUGAUGGCGAGUUACACUGUAUUGUUUGUUAGUUUGGCUGCACAUGCUGCUCAGUUUGCUUUCUUGACGUAUGUAGAAAAUCCUCAUCAAUCUUCACAGACUUCCGAAUCAGGGUUCUUAUCCACAACAGCGGGAAUUCAGCCAACUCUUCCCGAUCUAUCGAAUGCAUUCAGUUCGCAUUUUCGACGUGAUUUGAUAGUCUUUAAGAAUUUUGAUCUACUUCGUACGACGGACCUAUUCUUAGUUUUUAUUAUCUUUUACUCGGUGUUUGUACCAUUAUUCAUCGCUGGUGCUUCGGAAAAUGCUGUUAAAAUUUUCGUAAUCAUGCAAUGCUUAGCCUGGCGCAUCUUUCAUACCUAUGGAUUAGGUGCCGCUUUAUCCUUACAGAGUAAGGAAAAAGCAUUGACCAAGCAUUAUAUUAAAUACGGUGGAAGUGUUGGUGAUGCAUUUUCGAAUUGGAAAAGCAUCUACAAUCUCUCAUUAUGUAUGACAUAUGUGACCUUCUUUUUGGCCGCAUGGUAUAUGUAUCAUCUUCCUGAUAAUUGGACAUACGGGUUGGUGCUGUUACGUCACGUACUCGGUGUAUUACUUAUCGUAUUACACAUUUGGACAUCUGUUUCCGUAUUUGAAGUGUUGGGAGAUUUCGGAUGGUUUUAUGGAGAUUUUUUCAUUGAUGAAUAUCCCACGACUCUUUAUUACACGGGAAUCUAUCGGUUUCUUAAUAACCCGGAAAAAAUUAUGGGACAUGCCGCGUUUUGGGGUAUCACAUUGAUCGCCAACAGCUGGUUAAUAUUCGGAUUAUGCUUGUUCUCUCAAAUCUCAAACGUACUAUUUUUACGAUAUGUGGAAAGUCCACACAUGAAGAGAUUAUAUGGGGAUAAAAUACGAAAAGAGGCUGGCGUCACAAAAACGAUCAAACGUGUCAAGACCAUCAUACCAGGUAAAGUUUCGAAGAUCCGAGGUGUACCCGAGAUUCAAGUCGUUGAACGGGUCGUGAAAGAAGUCGCUGAGACAGUGGAGAAGGUUGUUGAAGACACGGCAGAAGUUGUUGGAGAAUUAGUGCAGGAAGUCGUACUCGAAACAAGAAAUUUGUUUCAAAAUUCAAGGGAUAAAUUACUGUAUAGUCGCGUAGCUGAUGAUGUUGAGAAUUAUGACCUUACUCGAUAUUCAAUAUCUCUUAUUCCACCAUCGUCUACAAGUAAUACUACUAGCAUGGUGCCUAAUACAACUCAAAUGAAGUCUGAUAAACUUUUAACGCCGCCUUCCUCACCUCUUAUUAAUGGAAUAGAUGCUAAUAAUAAAAAAUCAAAUUCAUCGUCAAAUUCUCUAUCUUAUGAACUUGGAUCACCCAUCAUGAUAAAAUGGAUAGCACCACAGAAUCAUUCUCGUCGAGAUUGGAUAGGUGUAUAUAAGGUUACAGCCAACUCAUCAAAAUUGUAUACCAGUAUAUCAAGUAAUGGUCGAUAUUUAUAUGUCACUCUGGAAGAGGAUGAGGACGCGACUUUUAAUAAGGAUGAUGUGGAAGAAGUGAAAACCGGUGAACUAUGCUUCCGUGGAGAUUUGUUACCUUGGGAAAUUGGAACUUAUGAAUUCAGAUAUCAUCAUGAUGAUAAACACACGGUAAUGGCCGUGUCCCAGCCAUUCGAAAUUAUAGUAAAUACACCAAAGCACCCAAAAGAUCUUCCCACCAUAGAACAAUCAAUUCUUGAUUUAGUUCGAAAAGCGCUCGACUCGGAUCCUUCUUUAAUACCACACACGACAAGUGACGAUUAUCUAUUAAUGAAAGAGGAACAUGCCAAACGUAUUGUAUACGGAAUUAAGAUGAUUUUCGGCGUGGAUUUUGCAUGGGAAGUGGUAGCUACCGAUGGAAAUGUUGGCAGACUAGCAAGAAGGAUAUAUAAUGCACUGCGUGCACUCGCUCCUUUCUUGUAA